CAAGGAAGUGGCAGAGGAUGCUUCCGGAGGCCUUUACUUGGUGAUGGAGCAUAUGGACUUUGAUUUGAGAGGAUACAUGGCGGAAGAGGUCCUCCCAACUCCUCAAGUCAAGAUGUUGAUGAAGCAGUUGAUCCAAGGCGUCUACUUUCUCCACCAACACCGAGUUGUGCAUAGGGAUCUCAAGCCCUCCAACAUCCUUGUCAACAGAGGGGGUGAGUUGAAGAUAUGUGACUUCGGGUUGUCGAUGAGGAUUGGGGAGGAAUGGGGGCCCACUGUGGGGACAUUGUGGUACAUGGCGCCGGAGCUGCUUCUUGGAGAGAAGAGCUAUUCGUGUGCGGUGGAUAUGUGGGCGGUGGGAUGUGUAAUGGUGGAGAUGUUGCUGAGGAAAGUGCUCUUUAGAGGGAAAUCCAAGGAAGAUCAGUUGCACGAGAUAUAUUGCAUUCUUGGUCAUCCAGAUAACAAGAAUGAUGAUGCUACAAUAUCAUCUGCAAAGUACAUGCUUUCUGAAGCUGGAUUUGAUCUGUUAAAGGGGCUGCUGACUUGUGAUCCAACCAAGAGAAUCACAUCACAAUCUGCUUUGAAUCAUGCUUGGUUGACUGAUGGACUGAGUCCUACUCAAUACAUGGACAAACCCAGAUUCUAUCUCUCUUAGUUGGGGUUGGGGAGUACUAU